AUGUCGGGUCGACGACACAGUGACAGUUACAACAGCCACAGUUCGGAUCCCAUAGUCCUCGAAAGAGACCCCCAGGUGCGUAACUCCUAUCGCAUCAUUCGACCAACCAAAGUCAAAAAGAGUCGACUGACGAUUGGUUCCAAGAUAUACAACCUCUUUCGAACUCGCAGAAGAAAGGUUCAAAUAGUGGAGGAAUCGCCCAUCAGAAGUCGACGCCAGCAGCGGCGGAUUCGCACCCCAUCGCCAUCACCCUCACCCUCACCACCGCCACCACCAUCUCCCCCAAGAGGACCAUAUCGCAGAAUGACCACUCGGUUGAACGAAGACGACAUCUACGCUCCAUUACCUCCCAAGAUGUCUCCCAAAUCCAAUACAAAGCAUCGCAAGAGCAAGAGCGAUGACUACGACGCCAUUUAUGAGGAAAGAGAACCUCAAUUGUAUCGCAAGGUCAAGGUUGUCCAUACCAAUCGAAGGGAUGAAGAUGCCCACCCGCGGGUAGAAAUCCCAUCAUCCUCGCACAAGCGACAUGACAGCGGCAAGUACUACGUGGAGACCCGCGUCCACGAUCGUCCGAGCUCUGUACGGUCUGACUUCGACCAUCGUCGAGAAGACGACGGAGAGCUCCGUCAAUUGACGAACGACCUCAGCAAUUUGCUUGCGAAGGAGAGAAAAGAUCGGAUCGAGGCAGAGAGAGCUACUGCCAUCGCCGAAGCAAAGGCCAACCGCCUUGAAGCCGACCUGGCGCACGAACAGCGCCAGAGAUCUCUCGAAAAGAGAGAGCGCGCCGCAGCAGAUCGUGAAAGGCGCCUCACCGAUGAGCGCCACAGCAACGAACGUGAACGUGAACGUGAACGCGACCGGAUAGUCGAGGUCAGGCGACCCGUCGUUGUUCAUAAUCCAAUCGUUGCUGUGGCGCCACUGCAUGAAAAUAAUCACCGCUCAGCGUUGGAUCGCGCUCAAGCUGAUUAUCAACAGCUCGAGGUUCGGGAGAAUCGCGGCUUUCGUGAAGAGGCGCGACCAUCAACUGCAGAGAGACGUCCUCGCCGCCAGAGCAUCGUCAUCGUGGAGCCUCCACGCGAACCAAGGAACACUCGCCAUGGACAUCGGUAG